GACACUGACAAUAGUGACAAUGUUUAAAAAAGGUAAAUAAACUACUUCCCUACCGUAACGGAUUAGGAAAAUGAGUUUUCAAUAAUGAUUCUAGUUUGUUAAUGAUUGUUGGUGAUACGUAACCUCGAGUGAAAUUACCAAUUCCAUUGUGAGUCACAUGAUCAGGUAGCUGGUUGUAUGAAAGUGAACUUUUGAACCUAAAAGUGAAAGAUGUCCCCCGAAAUUAAUGGAAACCCUCCAAGUGCGGCCAAAAGGAAGAAAAACCGUGAUAAGAAAUCUCAGAAGAACGAUAUAAACAUUCCACCCUGCGAUUAUCUCCCCUCGAACCAGAUGGGGUAUAACAGCACCUUCAACAACUUGAGCAUUCCUGAUUUAAGUGCCUACUACUCUGUUUUAAAUUUUAGCAAUGGAUCUGAACCAUUGUCUCUGCCUAUACAUCCCGCUAAUUAUUCAAAUUACAACCAAACACGUUUGGGUACCUUUCCAAAUAUCAGUACUCCAAAGAAUCAUCUUUGCCCACGUAAUAAUAAUGAUGUGGGCGAUUACAUGAGUCUGCCAGUGACCAAUAUAGAUCCAGAAAUGGACGAGAGUGGAAAACGGAGAUAUUCUGAUCCUGGUGUUCCUCAUGAUGAUAGCGAUAGUAGUUGUGGAUCCCUUGAGGAUAAAGUUAUAUCUAAAUUGUUAGGUCAAGUGAAUGUAUUGAAGGACUGUAACCGAAAACUUUCGAAAGAAGUAAUGGAGAUGAGGGUUGAGCUCAACAUGCUGAAACAGCAGGUGCAACAGCAAAACAUGAGGCAUUUCGAGCAGUACGAGCCUGGAAUGUUAGCUGAUGUUGUAAGGGAAGUUCGAGAUGCUGCCAGAGUUAGAGAAGAUGCGCUGCUUGCCAAAGUCAAAUAUAUAAUGGAGGAAAAACAGUUGAACAUGAGUCAUCUACAUCUCAUAUCAGAGAAGAACAGGAGUAUUGAUAGAAUCGCUAAACUUGAGGAGCAACUCAAAAAUAUGGCGAUAAACUACAAACCAGAAGACCAUGUUCCUGUCGCUAAAGCAGUCGAAGAAGGGCAUUCUGCGAGGCAAGUGCUGGAGCUGGAAAGGGAAGCUUUAGAACUUCGAAGGGAAUUACAGGACACUAGGGCUAAAAAGGAAGAGGCGGACCAAAAGGUUCUACAAUUGAACAAAAAGCUUGCCAGCAUAUCCAAAAGGAACGACGUCAGCGCCUCUGACGUCUCGGAAAACGGAAAAACUGACUCGGCCGACUCUGCCUCGUUGACGACCACCACCUCCUCCAUCAUCCACAACAUUUCCACGGGGGUGAUACCCAGGGUAACGCUUUCUGGUCCUGUGACAGAUCUGUAGUGAGUCGUUGAAAAAAUGACUCCCAAAGUCUUCCUUAACUACGUUCGCCGUCCCAUUUCGAUUCGAGUUCUCUCUCUCUCUCUCUCUCUCUCUCUCGUUAGUCGAGAUUAAAGUAAUUUUUGAGUUGAACAGAAUGGCAACGUCUAUUUUUCUUAUCGUUCAUUGAUGAACGACUUUUUGGAAUGAAAUUUUUCAUUCGUCAAACGGCUAUAGUUUUGCCUUUCCUGAUUUUCCUUCAAAUGAGUCGAGUAUGCAACGAAACUUUUGUUCUGCUAGCGUUCUCGCACUAUAUAUUUUCGCGGUACUUCUUGAAAUCCGAUUUAAACACAUAUUUUUUCGAAUUCACCUUAUAUUUCUAGAGAGGUCAUGACGAUUUUUCAUAAUGAAAAAAUUAGGGAAUUAAAAAACAUCUCAUCAAAGAAAAUAGUUAAAUUAGUGGACGAAUCAUAAUCUCUUCAAAUUUUUUAAGGGUUUUUAAAUAAUUUUUUUCCAACAAUGGUACAAAUUAUUUCAUACUUCUUUUCUUGCUGAAUUUAAUGAGACUGCAUCAUGAGUAAUAUAUUUUUUUUUCUUCUAUUUAUUACACCAAUCAUUCAACAAGAUCAAUUUUUCUGUAUUGAAAAAAGGACGGCGAUGAUUUUUUUCGCAUGUAUUUACUGACUCAAUACUAAUAGAAUAAUUUUUUUCAUCAGUGGAGUACUUAAUAAAAAGGAAUGAGAGCAAUAUUGUUUUUUGCGAGUGGAAUGACAACACAUUAUUGAGGAGAAAGUGCCUAAUUCGCUUUUAGUAAUUUAUUUAUAGAUAUCUUGAUUCGACUAUUAUUAUCAUAUUUUAUUAUAUUAUGUAAUCCAAAUAGUAUUUCAAAUAACAAUCUGAACGUUGAGAGUUUUGAAUACUCCGUCUUAUAUUUGGAGAUAUUCAACUAUUUAUGUAUUUGAUCUGGACUAUACUACAUUUUUAACUGUGGUUCAUUUAUUGAAAUCGUGAUAUAAGGCUACAUUCCGUUUAAAUAAUACGAAAGUUAACGUUGUUUU